AUGUCAGAAGCCACACCACGUCGUUCGAGACGUGAACAUCAACCAAGUAUCAAGGCUGCGUCCUCGUCGUUUACUGUAUUUACGCCUGAUACCUCUCUAUGUACGCAACAACGUUGUGAAGUACUCUCAUCAACAUCAUUACCAUCGACAUUUCCAAUGACACCACCACUAGUACAGAGUACAGUGACGUCGCUUGCAUCAUUUGAUACCGUGUCUGUGGUUGAAAACAAUCCUGCAAAAGUUAAUAUUCAACAUCGAAAACUUCGAGCAGCUGCACAUACAAUGUCAAGUGGGUCACUAUUAAGUGGGACAUCCCCCUUUAAUGGGGUACAACAAUCGAUUUACUCUCAAACAAAUGGGGUUUCAUGUAAUGACAAUAAGCUACUGGGUAAAUACUCAAGCCACGAUUGUUUAAUGCUGUGUGAAGUAAUUUUGAGUCAAUUAGAGAAGCAGACGCUAGCAUCGACAGUCUUGGACGAAGAAAAGUCUCCAGCAUUUAUCAGGUGGGAAUUAGUGGCUGAGAAGAUGAAGAUGAUGCAGCAACUUAAGAUGACACCCAGGGAAUGUCAGUUGCUGUGGAGAUUUCUGGCAUACGGUCAAAUUCCAGUGCUUGACAUUGAAAAAGAAGAAAGAGAAACAUUGCGAUCAGAUUCAGACGAGGCUAUAGUUUAUCAAAAUUCAAAGAAAAUAAACUGUCGGCUGGCUGCUGAACGAACAAACACUGCAGUGCAGAACCAGGGGCAAAUCGCUGUAAGUAUAAGGACGACAGAUGCUAUAACCAAAGAAGAAACCGCACCAAAUAGCAUUGAGGUGUUGCGACAGAACCAGGUCAAUGAAUCAAAGGAGAACGCGCAGGAAAACACGGUGAACACAAAGGAGUCGUCCAUCAAAUUGUAUCCGACCUAUUCACUGCCGACGGGGGCGCCAGAUGCCUGGUGUUGUUCGUUCGGCCCGAAAGACGCGUUACCGCUGACCUUCGUGGCGUCGAGGUUUCUUCGGCGAAAGCCAUCACCGUCACCAGCUCAAGCGCGAUUCGAGAAAUCAACUGUUAAGCCAGUAUUAAAAGCUGCAGGAACAGCAAAUCUGAAGCGUUAUCAAGAACCUCCAGCCAACAGUGCCGAAUCUAAACAACUGAAGUUGUUCACACCAGUAGUGUCAAAGCCUCCUUGCUCAUACAAGCCGUCAUUGACCCCACUUGUUGCUGCGGCGCGUGCUCCGUCGGCGCUCGAUUUCUUUGAGCUCCGUCUUCGGGAAGAGCAAGCGCAAAAGAUGCCGGUUGCAACAUUUGAGUUGUCUGCUACAGACGUUCAAAAUCGAUAUAAAGACGCAUCUGCCGAAGUGCGUCACCAGUGUCAAACAUUAGCUGCACACGAGGUUGAGCGGUUUGACCGAAAAAUCGUGCGCGCAAAUAUCGAGCAGAGAGCAAUGGAGGCUGUUAAUACAAAAGCGAAACCAACUGCGGCCUCAAUUGCGUCGUCAGCAUUGAAACCGGCCGCGUCGAUGUCACAGUCAAGUAGCACCGCAGCUUCUGCUGGAAAUGCAGCUGCAAGUUCGGCCACGUCUUCAGGCCCUGCUACCGCUCUGUUUGCUCAUGUUGCAGCGAAUACGACAGCAAUUGCAAGGAAUGAGAGCAUUAUCGCUUUGACAAAAAAUACUUCGAAUGCCUCGAACAGUGCUGAUGUGAAUAAAAGAAGAUGA